AGGCAGGGAGAGUGUAUGAGGGGGAGGGAAGCAAAGGAGGUGUCACAUGAGGAACCCCAAAUCUGGACUCUGACACCAUUCUGUCUGCCACUGAAGGACUGCACCCGUUGGAGAGAAGGGGUUAGGUCCUGUCCCUCCUUCUGCACCCCACAACCUUUGAUAGCCUCAUGGAUUGUGGGGCACAGAGGAUGCGUGACGCUGAGUGGCCCCAGCACCGUGACAGGCGUUGUGGGGGAAUCUCUGAGCGUGCAGUGUUGCUAUGAGGAACAAUUCAAGGAAAAUGACAAAUACUGGUGCAGAGAACAGCUGGCUCCUAUUGGACCCUGUGACAAGAUUGUGGAGACCAGCGGGUCAGAGAAAGAGAAGACGAAGGGCCGAGUGUCCAUCAGGGACCAUCCUGCCCAGCUCAGCUUCACAGUGACUGUGAAGAACCUCACAGUGAAGGACGGAGGCCAAUACUGGUGUGGCAUCAAUAAAAGAUGGUGGAAAGAUGGAGUUUAUUCGAGAGAUCCCACCUUCCAGGUGAUGAUAUCUGUGUUCCCAGCACCAGCACCAAUGUCAAGCACACCUACAAGUCCCACGACUUCCACAGCCACAACCGAAGGCCUGCUUGUGCCGUCCACGGCGCUGGCCACGGUGAGUACCACCCACAGCCCGAGCAGCCAGGAGAACUCCAACCAGAGCCAGAGCCCAUGGUCCCUGCUCAGCAGCAUCCACUUCCUGCUCCUAGUCUUUCUGAAGGUGCCCUUGUUCUUGAGCAUGCUCAGUGCUGUCCUCUGGGUGAACAGGCCUCAGAGGGAUCCUAGGGAAGGUCCCUAUGAGAACCAGUAGCCCUGGUGCCCAAGAUGCCCUGUCCACGGAUCCAGACCCUCAGGUGGAAUCAAAAUGAUCUCAGCCAUAAAUCCUGUGGUGCCGUCGAGGUUUCUAUCAGAAAACACUGUAAUCUUUUUUGAAACUUUUUUCAUGCAAUAUGCCCUGCACAUCAAGUAAUAUAUCUAAUAAAUAAGUAUACCUACAACAAAGAAUAUUCAACACCUGUUUGUCCUCCUUAGAGCUUAAGAAAGAAAGCAACACCUUUACCUGUUUUUUCUUUUUUUUUCUGUGUGCGUAUGCCUAACCUGAGAUAGGAAUCCGUCGUCCUUUCUCCGUAUAGAUAAGCAUUGCCCACAGUUACUGACAACUCCCUCUUUCCCCAGUGAUCUGCUUUGCAACGUCUGACAGAUAUUGAUUUCUAUGUUCCUGUGGCUCUUUUUCUGAGUUCUCUAUUCUCUUUCAUUUGUCUAUUUCCUUAUUCCUGAACUAGUACAACCUUGUUUUAAUAACCCCAGCUUUAUUAAAACGCCUUGGUAUCUGUAUGGCAUGUCACCUCCUAUUGUUCUUUUAUGUCAGGCGUGUCUUUGCAACUAUGGGCCUUUUUCUCUUCCACGUAAAAUUUAGAAUUAGCCAGUUAAGUUUCUAAAAAAGAAAAACUUUAGAGAUUUUUAAUGCAACCAUAUCAAAUUCAUCUUUAUAAUAAUGGAUUUUCCUAUCUAUAAGCAUAGUACGUGGCUACAGUUAUUUUUGAGUUUCUUAAAUAUCUUUCAAUAAUAGUACGUGACUAUAGUUAUUUUUCAGUUUCUUAAAUGUUUUUUAAUAAUGUCAUACUAUCAAGUCAAAGGAGAACCUACUGAUCGGGGAAAAAUUUUUGGCUAUGUUUCCAACAAGGGACUAAUCUUCAAAAUUUAUAGAAAAACAAAAUUUAUAGAUAAACAACACAUUUUUUAAAAAAUGGGCAAAGGAUAUGAACAGAUAUUUCACCAAAGAAGGUAUUUAGGCUGCUAACAAACAUAUGAAGAAAUGCUCGCAAUCAUUAGCCAUUAGAGAGAUGCAAAUCAAAUCUACAAUGAGAUUCCACGUCACACCAACAUUACUGACAAUAAUUUUACAAAACUCUGAAAAUAACAAAUGUUGGUGAGGUUAUAUAGGUUAUAUACACUGUUGGUUGGAAUGUAAAAUGGUAAAACCACUACGGAAAACAGUAUAGCGCUUCCUCAAAAAGCUAAAAAUAGAAAUACCAUAUGAACGAGCAGUCAUACUCCUAGGUAUAUACCUUAAAGAAAUAAAAGUCGUGACAUGAAUAGACUUGUUCGCUGCAGCAUUGUUCACAAUAGCAAAAAAGAUGGAAACAACCUUAGUGCCCAUCAACAGAUGAAUGGAUAAACAAACUGUGGUACAUACACAUGAUAGAAUACUACGCAACA